AUGUCUUCAUCGCUAUCUUAUAAUCCAAUCUUACARAAGGCCACCACUGGUGUYGUGGAUCUGUUGGCCGGAUCGGCAGGCGGUGUGGCCAACGUAUUGGUCGGUCARCCGUUUGACACAAUCAAUGUAAAAAUGCAAACAUUUCCGCAUUUGUAUCACAAUGUCAUYGACUGUAUUAAGCAAACCGUCACCAAUGAUGGUUUGCGUGGACUAUACGCMGGAACUACACCUGCAUUGGCCGCAAAAGUKUSCGAAAAUUCUGUACUAUUUUGUGCCUACGGUUUAUGUCAGCAAACAGUGUGUUAUAUGAGACAAACAAMUAGUUGUCAACCAAUUGAUAACGCAUUCUCUGGUUUUUUUGCCGGWUUUUUCUCGUCGUUUACAUUAUGUCCGACAGAACUCAUCAAAGUUAAACUACAGGCGCUAAGAGAGACUGGAGUUAAUACAAAUAUUGGACCAAUUCAGAUGACUCGACAAAUACUACACGAAGAAGGAGUUCCCGGUUUGUUCAGAGGUCUGACCUCAACGAUGACAAGAGAAAUGCCGGGAUAUUUCUUUUUCUUCGGUGGCUAUGAAUUGGCAAAAAGUUAUCUACAAAAAGAUUCAGAAGAAGAAAAUUUAGGAUUAUUGCAGACGAUAAUUGCCGGCGGUUUUGCGGGAAUAUGUUUGUGGACAACAAUCUAUCCGAUCGAUGUCGURAAGUCGCGCAUUCAAAUCGGUUCCAGACCUCAGUCAAUGACCGCUGAGUUUUUCAAAAUUGUCUGGACGUUAGGCAUACGUGGCCUUUAUAAUGGACUGACACCUACACUGUUGCGUACAUUUCCGUCAACGGCUGUCAUGUUUGUUGCCUAUGAAUACUCUAAAGAUUUUUUGAUWAAAGUAGUCGACAAAACAUUUUAA